UCAACAAGCGGAGGGAUGCGCGGCUGAAGCUCAUGCUCUCGCUGCUGGCAUUUUACCUACGUCGCAUUUAAACAAGUCACUUGGCAGUUUCUUUGGCGUCUGAUGGGAUGUUUCUACGUCACACAUUGAGGAGGUUUUUUCCGAAACGUUAGUUAUUUUAGUGUUAGUUCGCUAACGGCAGUAAGGCACAAAGACGUUCAGCUAGUAGCCGUUGGAAGCUAACGGUAGCUAGCCUGCUGCUAACAACACAGCCGGUGAGGACGAGCACAUCCUUGCGCAGCCAUACUCGGGUUAAUCUCUGCUGACUCGCUUCGUGUCAUAUGGUUGCUAUUUUGUGGUAGUUAUCUACUUGUUACCCAAGUCAAGUGGUUGAAUUAGCAGCCACCACUCAUGACUGGGAUACUCGGAGCGCCGUGUAUGCAUAGCUGGGUGGUUGGCAUGUUUUUUCAGCUAGAAGAAGCGUCGGUCUCAUAUCGGGAUGUGGCGGUAGCAAAACAAGCUAGUCCCGUCUCUGUGGAGAAGUGAGUGCAAGAAGUGAGGAAGCACUUGAGUCAAGCGGGAGUUUUUAUUUUUUUGUUUAUGUUAAUUGUAAUUCCGCGGGUGGAUGACUCGAGGGCUAACCUGAUCAUCCUUGAACACAGCUGAACUGAAACUGGGAAUAUCGCUAACAGAUCGAAGGGAUUAUUUUUGUGUCUCUUAAGUGGAUUUCGGCCUCCUGUUCGGGAUCGUCGUGGGAACACAGUGAGUGUUUUGACAUUGGGUGAGCCCACUCCCCUCUAAAUAUCCUCUCUCCCGCCGACCUUCACCCUCCGAUGCGGAGAUUUCAGUAGCACCGGCAACCAAAUCCCCCACGGCGGCCGGACAUGCUGAAGUGUAUCCCCCUGUGGCGCUGCAACCGCCACGUCGAGUCGGUGGACAAGCGACAUUGCAACUUACAGACUGUCCCCGAUGAGGUAUUCCGCUACAGUCGCAGCCUGGAAGAGCUACUUCUCGAUGCCAACCAACUCAAAGAGCUACCAAAGCCUUUCUUCAGACUACUGAACCUACGGAAGCUCGGCCUGAGUGACAAUGAGAUCCAGAGACUCCCUCCUGAGGUGGCCAACUUCAUGCAGCUGGUGGAGCUCGACAUCUCCAGAAAUGACAUUCCUGAGAUCCCCGAGAGCAUUAAGUUUUGCAGGGCCUUGGAGAUCGCAGACUUCAGUGGAAACCCCCUCUCCAGAUUGCCGGAUGGUUUCACUCAACUCCGAGCGCUGGCUCACUUGGCACUCAACGAUGUGUCAUUGCAGAUAUUGCCCAACGAUAUUGGAAACCUUGCCAACCUGGUGACGCUGGAGCUCAGGGAGAACCUGCUGAAGUCUCUGCCCACGUCGCUCUCUUUCCUGGUGAAACUGGAACAGCUGGACCUGGGCAGCAAUGAACUGGAAGUUUUGCCGGACACGCUUGGUGCUCUCCCCAACCUGAGGGAGCUAUGGCUGGAUCGUAACCAGUUGUCCUCAUUACCACCAGAGCUGGGAAACCUCCGGAGACUGGUGUGUCUGGAUGUUUCAGAGAAUCGUCUGGAGGAGCUUCCCUCAGAGCUUAACGGCCUCCUGGCUCUCACUGACCUGCUGCUCACACAGAACCUGCUGGAGGUCGUCCCGGACAGCAUAGGCUGCCUGAAACAGCUGUCUAUUCUGAAGGUGGACCAAAAUAGACUGACUCACCUGACCGAUUCAGUAGGAGAGUGUGAAAACCUCACAGAACUCGUCUUGACGGAGAACCUUUUACAGUCACUUCCUCGCUCGCUGGGCAAGCUGAAGAAGUUGACCAACCUGAAUGUAGACCGCAACCGUUUGGGCAACGUGCCCAAAGAGCUGGGCGGCUGUGCCAGCCUCAACGUUCUCUCGCUGAGAGACAAUCGCCUGGGCAAACUGCCUGCUGAGCUUGCAGAUGCCACUGAGCUGCAUGUGCUGGAUGUGGCUGGAAACAGAUUACAAAACCUGCCUUUUGCCCUGACAAACCUCAACCUGAAGGCUAUGUGGCUCGCAGAGAAUCAGUCACAGCCAAUGCUCAAGUUCCAGACAGAGGAUGAUGAGCGCACAGGAGAGAAGGUGCUGACCUGCUAUUUACUGCCCCAGCAGCCUUCUCCGAGCCUCGAAAACUUGCUGCAGAACAGUGUGGAUGACAGUUGGACGGACACCAACCUGAACCGGGUGUCAGUCAUUCAGUUCCAGGAGGAGACCAAGGCUGAGGAGGAUGAUGAUGAUGAGGCUGCUGCAGAGCGCAGAGGCCUUCAGCGCAGAGCCACACCGCACCCUAGUGAGCUGAAGGUUAUGAAGAAGGUGAUUGAGGAGAGGAGGAAUGAAGCUUACACAUCCAGACCUGAUGGAGAAGAAGAGUCCCCUGAUGCACAGGAGAAACGGCUCAGUGACCUCUCCAAUCAGAGCCACGACUCCCAGGUGUCCAAUAGCACACUGUCAGCCACCUCUCAUGAGGACAGACAUAAUGUGACUGCAGCCUCACAGAGGGAGGACCUUGUAGACGGCCACUGCCCUCAGGAUGAGGACGAGUUGGAUGAGAUGGAGGUGGAGUACAUUGAGCCAACUGUGCACUUUGCAGAGGAGCCCAUCAUCCGUGGUUUGGAUGAGGACGACGAGGAGGACGGGGAAGAUGGCGAGAGGAGUGACGAGGAAGAGAGGCCUGCCUUCCCCGCAGAGAAGCAGCGUCUCAUCAGAAAGGACACGCCACACUACAAGAAGCACUUCAAGAUCACCAAGCUGCCCAAGCCCGAGGCUGUGGCUGCGCUGCUGCAGGGCUUCAGCCCCGACGGCCUGAACUCUCCUACACAAGCUGCUGAGGACGAGCAGGACGAGGACGAAGAGCUGAGUUUAUGCACCCCUCUGCACCAUCACAGAAUGGAGCAGCUCGAUGACAGCCGCCUCCAGGUCAACUCCAGUCAAGUAAAGGGGGUGUCAUUUGAUCAAGUCAAUAAUCUGCUGAUUGAACCUGCUCGAAUUGAGGAGGAAGAGCACACACUGACCAUCAUGAGACAAACAGGCGGCUUGGGUAUCAGCAUUGCAGGAGGGAAAGGAUCUACACCUUACAAGGGUGAUGACGAGGGAAUCUUCAUCUCCAGAGUAUCUGAAGAGGGUCCUGCAGCCCGAGCAGGGGUUAAAGUGGGAGAUAAACUCCUGGAGGUGAAUGGAGUCGACCUGAACGAAGCAGAGCAUCACACAGCGGUUGAAGCUCUUCGAAGCUCUGGCGCUUCAGUUUCCAUGUCGGUGCUGCGGGAGCGAAUGGUGGAGCCAGAGAACGCAAUCACCACCACGCCACUGAGGCCAGAGGACGACUACUUCCCCCGGGAGAGACGGAGCAGUGGCAUCCCGUUCAACGCGGAGACGACUCCGAGCGGGCCUCAUCAACGGCUCUCCACCUGCCUGAUCCGAAACGACAAGGGGCUUGGAUUCAGCAUUGCUGGGGGCAAAGGCUCCACGCCGUAUCGCACAGCGGACACGGGAAUCUACAUCUCUCGCAUCGCAGAAGGGGGAGCUGCACACAGAGACAACAUACUGCAUGUAGGCGACAGAGUGAUCUCUAUCAAUGGUGUAGACAUGACAGAGGCCAGGCAUGACCAGGCAGUAGCGCUCCUUACCGGCACCUCCCCCACCAUCGCCCUCCUGGUGGAGCGAGACCUGAAUGCACCAGGGGGCUCUCCUGGUCAAUCCCGGGCACGAGCCCACUCCCCUCCACCCCCAGAACCCUCAGAUUCUCCAGACCAGGAGGAGGACGGCCUCAACCUUCACGGGAACAACCUGAGCCGCAUGGAGGACGAGUAUCCCAUCGAGGAAGUGACUCUGGUGAAGUCGGGUGGCCCUCUAGGCUUGAGCAUCGUGGGAGGCAGCGAUCACGCCAGUCACCCGUUCGGCAUCAAUGAACCCGGGGUGUUCAUCUCAAAGGUGAUUCCUCAGGGUCUAGCGUGUCAAAGCGGGCUGCGCGUCGGGGACCGAAUAUUAGAAGUGAACGCCAUCGACCUGCGUCACGCCACGCACCAGGAAGCUGUGCGAGCGCUGCUGGCCAACAAGCAGGAGAUCCGUAUGUUGGUACGGAGAGACCCAUCACCGCCUGGGAUGCAGGAAAUUGUGAUCCAGAAGCAGCCAGGGGAGAAGCUUGGCAUCAGUAUUCGAGGAGGGGCCAAGGGGCAUGCAGGAAACCCCUUUGACCCCACAGAUGAAGGCAUCUUUAUCUCUAAGGUGAGUUCGAGUGGCGCAGCAGCUCGAGACAGCCGACUGAAGGUUGGCAUGCGGAUCCUGGAGGUGAACAACCACAGCCUGCUGGGGAUGACACACACAGAGGCGGUGCGAGUGCUUCGAUCUGUAGGAGACUCUCUGGUCAUGCUGAUGUGUGACGGCUUUGACCCACAAAAAGUGCCGGCUGUGGAGGCAUCUCCCGGUGUCAUUGCCAACCCGUUUGCAACCGGCAUUGUUCGUAAGAACAGUAUGGAGAGCAUCUCUUCUAUAGACCGAGACCUGAGCCCAGAGGAGAUCGACAUCAUGCAGAAGGAGUCUGAGAUGGUGAGAGAGACAUCGCAGUGGGAGCGAGAAGAGAUGGAGAAAGUGGAGCGUAUGCGCUUGGAGCGUGAGGAGGCAACUCGCCUGCUAGAAGAGGAGACUGAGAACAUCGGCACUGGACCUCUAAAACUUGACUACAAAACCCUGGCAGCUCUGCCCACCACCAGUCUGCAGAAGCUCAACAGAGCGCCUCCUUCUGACUUCCACAGGACAGAGAGCCCGAUCAGGGAAGCACCCUACUCUCCCACCAUCCAACCGGCAAACAUUCAUUACGCCUCCACUCCUAUUGCCAACGACAACUCUCCAUCAUCAACACGACCGGGUGCCAUCCAGCCAGUCGGGCGCGUGCGGCAGACCCCCUCUCCUGCCACUCCGGACGGCCACAGUCCUAACCCCUUCCAGCAUGGCCCCUCCCCCUUCAACUCCCAGACCUCUGACCUGUACGCUGUGAGGAACAAUUUCCACCCAAAACAACCUUCUCCAGAGCCUCAGUUGAUCAACGAGGUGUUUGAAGAUGACAUAGACGGUCAGGAGGGUAAGGGUUCAACCAGCUCGCCCCGCUCCCCCCUCCUCUCACCUGACCGUCGGGAGUAUAUGAGCCUGGCAGCAGUGCCUCGCUUCUCCAAGCCGUCCUGGGAACUGCAGAGUCCUUCUCCUGGUGGUAAGGACAGCCCAGAGCAGCGCUCCUUCAGGGACAGACAGAAGUAUUUUGAGAUUGACGUGAAGCAGCAGACACCAGAGAAACCCAAACCUCGAGUGUCUCUAGUUGGAGAAGAUGACCUCAAGAAAAUGAGGGAGGAAGAAGAGAGGAAGUUUGAGCAGCGGGCGCGGGAGUACCUGCUGGAUGAAGACGAGGAGGAUGAGGAGGAGGACCUGGCAAAGCAGGUGGCACAGAUGAAGGCAACUGGUAAAGUUUUACUGGAUGGAGUGGAGUACAACGUGGAGCCAGUAUCCACCCCGACACAGCACUGCGCCACUCCACCAAGCUACAACGUCACGCCGCCGAGCUACUGCGGCAGCUCAGGGCCUUCCUCUGUUGAUGGUAAAGGAGAGUCUCAGAGGAACUCACUGGAGGACAGCUUCAGGCUGGAGCAGAGGCCCAACUCCAUGACGGGUCUGAUCCCAGUGUACCCCGGGGACUCUGCGGCUCCCAUCCGCACAGCCAAAGCAGAGCGCCGACAUCAAGAGAGGCUCCGUAUGCAGAGCCCCGAGCUGGCUGUGGCCCCUGACAAGGACCUGUCCCCUGCUGAGAAACGAGCUCUGGAGGCGGAGAAGAGAGCCAUGUGGAGGGCAGCACGAAUGAAGUCUCUGGAGCAGGAUGCACUGAAAGCACAGAUGGUCAUUGCCAAGUCUCGGGACGGGAAGAAACGUGGCACACUAGACCAGCUGACGGAGUCGCCCUCGCCCGCCCCCACACCCUCUCCCACACCUAUGGAAGAGCUCAGUCCUCGAGGAUUAACCUCUCCGGGCCGGCUGUCCCUGUCGUCAAAGAAGUUUGACUACCGACAGUUUGCUGCCAUUCCUUCUUCCAAACCCGUAUACGACAUCCAGUCCCCCGACGCAGCUGACGACCUGCAGUUCAUCGACGACGGCUCCAGCAACCCAGUGCCCGCUGGAAUCCCUGAGGCAGAGGUACCCAGCCCGCUGCCUGCCACCUCAGCCCUGGAGGAGAUGGCUCUGUACAGCAACAAGCGCAAACUGAGGCAGGGCCGCCGCAGCCUGGAAACCGCCGUGCCCACGUAACACCCUCACACUGAGAGAAGAAGACGAACACACACAUUUAGAUAAACUGUGGAACACGAGUGCAUCCACAGAAGAUGCAGAUUCACCAAACACUACACAAAGUGUCAGUAGAGCGAGAUUUACUCUCCCAUAUAUAACCACUGCAGAGACUAUGGCGCUGAUAGUCACACACUCACUUAUAUCCUGCGUGCCAGUCUUGCCUAUACAGUCUGUGGAUGAGCUGGUAGGUUGCUCAACAGUCUCAACGGCAAGAAAGAGCUAGUGUGGUUAGCUAGGAUUGCUACUUACAGACCAUUCUCUUUUUUUUGUUGUACACUCAGUUUACCAAGUAGAAGUUGAUCUAAGUUUUUAGGGUUUUUUUUAUUUUUCGCACCUCCAAUGAUUUUGCUGUUUUUGGAAAAAAAAAAAAAAAACAUACUGGAAAAGAAAUGGGUCAUAGCUAAACUAACCUCUUGAAUGAUAUUUUUAGGCUUUCAGUGAAUAGAUUGUAAAAUGUCAGGGGUUUCUUGAGACUGAGGCGGACAGGAGUGUAAAUAUUAAUUGAGGAGGGAACAUCCUGCUACCUUCACAGUCACAAAUUGUGGAGAGCUUUUUAAAAAAAUAGUACAUAUCUUUUUUUGCACUGCCACUUAUCAGCUUUUUAAGAACCUGUAUCUAAAGUAAUUUAUUGUUUUUAGUGUUUUACUCAAAUUAGAGGCCUUCUAUUUUAACUCCUCCGGUGUUUUUAGGCACAAAAAGGAUAACUGACGCUUAUCAUAAUUUACCUUUAACAAUUUUUAAAAAUGAUGGGUCACAGCUUUCAACUAAUUGUUUUAAUACACAUAAAUUCAUCAGGUAUUUUUUAGAGAGAAGCACAUCUACAAAUUAGAUUGCUUGGACAGUAAAGCUGUUGCAUAUCAGUGUUACAUUCCCCUUGUAGAGAAUAUGACUACACUGGAGGCAACAGCAUUGUGCAGGCAGUUUCAGUUUGGAAACAUACAUUUUUUAGUAUCCUUUAUUAAAUAACGGUACUCACCCUUUCCUGUUUAGGGUUGUUUUUUUUAGUAAAUGUGAAUCAUUCAUUUCUAUCCUUGAAUUAUCUGGAGGUAUUCCAGAGUGACGUGAAGGUAGCAGGUGUUUUAUUUUUCUGUCUAAUUUAAAAUCUGACGCCACUGAAAAAAGUCAUUUAUUAUUGUGUGAAUAAUGUACAAAUACUGAAAGGAAAGGAAACUUUGGGUUUGAAACUGAGCCAGUCUUGACCUACACCAAGCGAGUGUCUGGACUGCAGAGGCGUCUGGGUUUGGACGGGCUUGGUAUCGGGAUGCUCUCUGCAUGUAUAUUGGUUUGUUAAUGGGAGAGCUGCGAGAGGCAGAGCCAAUUAGAAAUCCCUCUCAAGACAUUCAGUUCACUGCUCGACAUACUGUCAGUUUAUGUAUCUGAUGGGUAUUUUUGCAGAAUCACAGCAUAGUAGCAUUUGUGUUAAUUUAAUGUAGGGUCUUCUAAUGAUAGCUUUCUAUGUUGCUCUCACUGACUGAAAUUCAGUUUGUUUGAUAACAUUUGCAAUGGCUGAUUUCUUUUUUUUAACUUCCAGUAGGUAAAUCUUUUUUUUCAGAUGGGUUUCACUACAUUAUUAAUGCAGUGUUUCAAGUUUUUGUGUUUAUUCUUUUGUCUUGAGUUCUCUUUGGGGGCUUUUACUUGCAAAUAGGUCAGAGGGAAAGGGUUAAGAAGUCCUAGGGUCAAGGGGUAGAGCUCAUACAAGACUGUAACUAGUGAAUUUGUACAACCAAAGAAGUCUAUUUUGUGGUUCAGGAAUAAUAAAUUUUACUUUUCAUUUAAGAAGCUGA